AUGUCUUUAUUGUAUUUAGUGUUGCCGGGUAACCAUUUCCGUGACGAUGCACUCUUGUUAUACAAUGCCAUUAACUCUUAUGUGAAGAAAUAUGUAGACUUAUACUAUGAUACUGUAGAAAAGAUGACUGGUGUUUGUUGCAAGGCCGAGGAGCUGAGCUUGUUAAAUAAAGAGAAAAAGGUGGCUGGGCUGCGAAAUUCUGGUAACACAGUGAAUGUCAACUUUAUAUCAAAAGACCAACUUUACACAGUUCUUACAUCAAUCAUAUUUACAUGCAGUGUGUCACACGCCUCAACAAACUUCCCAAAAUAUGACGAGUACGCAUUCCCGCCAAACUACCCAGCAUUGUUGACAGGAACGCCCCCAAAAGAUAAGACUCCACUUGAGGAGAAUCAUAUUUUGAAAAUGUUGCCAGACAAGCCGACGACCAUGGAUAUGAUGAUUGUUACCAAAAUCCUUAGCCAACGGGGAACUAGAAGUCUUGGAGACUUUGAAGUUCAGUGCAUUUUUGAAACAGAGGCCAGAAAGUGGUAG